AUGAGUCGCACUAACAUAUCUAUAAUAUUAUUUUUGAUUGCUUUAUUAAAACUUGUGAUUUGUGUUCCUAUUGAAUCGAAAGUCCGUGAAAGUCAAUGCGGAUAUGAGUCCUGCAACCCCAGCAAGGACGGAUAUAUAAACAUCCACUUAGUACCACAUAGCCACGAUGACGUGGGUUGGUUGAAAACUGUGGACCAGUACUACUACGGAGCGAGAAAUGAAAUUUAUAAAGCUGGGGUACAAUUUAUUUACGACACAGUGUUGGAUUCGCUGCUAAGAAAAAAGAACCGCAGAUUCAUUGCCGUUGAAACUGCAUUUUUUUGGAAAUGGUGGACGGAACAAGAAGAAGACGUACGAGAAGAUGUGAGAAAUUUAGUAAAUACCGGUCAACUAGAAUUUAUCAGUGGAGGAUGGUCAAUGAACGACGAAGGCGUGACGAAUUAUCAGUCGAUAAUCGAUCAAAUGACUUGGGGUUUGCGAAUACUCAACGACACCUUUGGUGAAUGCGGUGUGCCCAAAACUGGGUGGCAAAUUGACCCGUUCGGGCAUAGCAACGAAAUGGCAUCCAUAUUCGCGCGACUAGGCUUCGAUGGUGUCUUCCUAGGUAGGAUUGACUUUCAAGACAAAUUUCAAAGGCUCGAAGAUAAAUCUAUGGAAAUGGUGUGGCGCGGUAGCGAAAGCUUGGGUGGCGUUAGCGAUAUCUACACGGGGGUGCUGUACGAUCACUACGGUUCCCCACCAGGACUGUGCUUUGAUGUCCUGUGCGAAGACGACGCAAUUAUAGAUGAUCUCGACAGUCCAAACUAUAACGUCGAACAGAAGGCUAUAACUUUUCUAAUUGACUAUGUUAACAUGGCAGUCCCUAGUUAUGCCACUACUAACCUGCUGGUACCCAUGGGAAAUGAUUUCAACUACCAAAACGCAGAGAUGUGGUACAAAAACAUGGAUCGAUUGAUGAAAUACAUCAACAGUCGAACCUUUAAUGAUACAAAAUACAAUGUCAUAUACUCCACGCCAUCGUGUUAUAUCAACACGGUGUACAAAGAUACUGGCGGGAUACUUAAUUCUCCAUUGAAAACCGACGACUUUUUUCCUUACGGAACCGACGAGUAUUCAUACUGGACGGGAUACUUCACUUCUAGGCCCACCUUGAAAAGAUUCGAACGAAUAGGAAAUAAUUUCUUGCAGGUGUGUAAACAACUAUCCGCCACAACAAACGCAUUUUUCGAUAUCACCGAGAAUUUGAACAACUUAAGGGAGGCAAUGGGUAUGAUGCAACACCACGACGCUGUCACUGGAACCGAGAAAGAGGCUGUCGCGUUUGAUUAUUCCAAAAUUUUGCAUAGUGCCAUUGCAGACUGCGAAGAAGUGACCCGUCAGGCAUUAUCUGAGCUAACCCAAGAAGGUACUGACUCCUUCCACACUUGCUUACUGACGAACGUCAGCCAAUGUGUCCACUCAGAAAACAUGGAUAGGUUGGUGGUAACAGUAUACAAUCCGUUGAGCAAGCUAGUUACGAAAUACGUAAGAUUUCCGGUAGCCGACGGUUUGUUUGUAGUUAAAGAUCCAUCUGGAAUCGAAAUAACCCCUCAACUCAUCCCAAUCGCAAAACACGUUAGAAAUAUUCCCGGUAGAGAUAGUAUAGCGCUGCAGGAACUGGUUUUCGCUGCAAGCGAUAUUCCGCCGCUAGGAUUUAAAUCUUUUUUCAUAGAAAAAUUUGAGGGUGGUGAUAAAGUUUUACCUGCACAAGUCAGCGCUUGUUACUCUAAUUCAAAGCAUGUCGGAGUUGAAAUAGACAUUGAGACGGGUCUCAUCAGUGGUAUAUCCGCAAACGGUAUCACGUUGGAGUUGAAUCAGACGUUUUUUUAUUACAACGGUGCCAACGGGUUUCACGGAAAUAGUUGGAGGCCGUCCGGAGCUUACGUAUUUAGACCGGCGUAUGAAAAUUCCACAUCCAACAUCACCGACCGUGUCAAUUAUACGGUCUACACCGGACCAGUGGUUAUGGAAAUACAACAAGAAUUCAACGACUGGAUCGGCCAGACGAUUAGAAUUUACGAAAACGAGAACUUCGUUGAGUUUGAUUGGGUCGUCGGACCAAUCUCGCUUGAAUUUGAAGGCGGCAAAGAAGUGGUAACCAAAUUUUCAACCAAUUUAGUCACGUCGUCGACAUUUUACACCGAUUCGAACGGACGCGAAUUGAUGAAACGAAUCAAAGACUUCAGACCUACAUGGAAUCUCGCCACGAAUGAAACCAUAUCUUCCAAUUAUUUCCCAGUGACAUCCCACAUUGUUGUGAGGGACGUUGAAAAAAAUAUUGAGAUGGGCAUUUUAACAGACAGAGCUCAAGGAGGGACGAGUUUAAGAGAUGGUGAACUGGAAUUAAUGGUUCACAGAAAUGCAAUAACAGACGACGGUUUUGGUGUGGACGAAGCAUUGAUUGAAUUAGCAUUCGGAGAAGGUUUAGUGGCGAGAGGAUCGCAUUACAUUGUCGUAGCUCCUAUCACUGGUGCGAACGAUAACGUGCACACUGCGGCUACCUUAGAAAGAGAAUUGGCGGAACAAAAACUUUUGGACUCGUGGGUAUUUCUAACGCGGCCCGAGGAACUAACAUUUGAGGAAUACCAGCGGCAACAUUCUAUGCAGUUUCAAGGAUUAACGACAACUUUGCCUAGAAACGUGCACAUUUUGACGCUGGAACCAUGGAGAGACGACAGUUUUCUAUUAAGACUGGAACACAUUUUUGCCAAAGAAGAACAUCCUAUUCUUUCCCAACCAGCAGUGAUAGAUAUAAAGGAUCUAUUUUCCACUUUCACCAUUACAUCUAUCAGGGAAACGACCUUAGGGGCAAACCAGUGGUUAGAGGACAAUCAAAGACUAAAAUUUCAAUCAUUUUUAAAUCCAAAUGACGGGGAAUCACUAAAUAUUGACGUAUCCGAUUUCAUUAUAACUCUUAACCCAAUGGAAAUACGCACUUUCGUUGUGAAUAUUAUAAAUCGGCAUUUUUAAAUAAACCGGU